GGAGAAACGAGCAGCAGCAGCAGCUACAGGCGUCACCGGCAACUUUUAGUAGCACUUGAAGGAAAGCAUCAACAGGUGAAGAUGAGCGACGCGAAUCAGCCUAAAGUUGAACUUUUUGUGAAGGCGGGCAGCGAUGGUCAGAGCAUUGGCAACUGUCCCUUCUCCCAGCGUCUCUUCAUGGUGUUGUGGUUGAAAGGAGUGACCUUCGACGUUACCACGGUGGACAUGAAGAGGAAGCCAGACAUCUUGAAGGACCUUGCUCCCGGUGCCCAGCCGCCCUUCCUGUUGUACGGCAGCGAGGUGAAAACCGACACCAACAAGAUUGAGGAGUUCCUGGAGGAAAAUCUGAGCCCCCCAAAGUAUCCCCGUUUGGCUGCUCGUAACCCCGAGUCCAACACGGCCGGCAUGGAUGUCUUCUCCAAGUUCUCCGCUUACGUGAAGAACUCAAACCCUCAGACCAAUGAAAAUCUAGAGAAAGGCCUGCUGAAGGCUCUGAAGAAGCUGGAUGACUACCUCGGCUCUCCACUUCCUGACGAGAUCGACGAGAAUAGCGCUGAUGAGGUCACUUCCUCGUCCCGCCCCUUCCUGGACGGCCAAGAGCUUACUCUGGCUGACUGCAACUUGCUGCCUAAGCUCCACAUCGUGAAGGUUGUGUGUUUAAAAUACAGAGGUUUCAGCAUCCCUCAGUCUCUGACCAACCUCUGGAGGUACCUGAACGCAGCGUACGCCCGGGAGGAGUUCUCCUCCACCUGCCCGAUCGACGAGGAGGUGCACAUCGCCUACUCCUCUGUAGCUAAAGCUCUCAAGUAGGAGAAGAAAGGAGGGUUACAAUUCAUGAUUUAAAAAAAAAAAAAACACCGUUAGAACAACUUUAGAAUAUAUUUAAAAAAAAGCACACAAACAAACACACACAUGUAGUUUAUCACCUUUCAUUACACGACUCAAUACCAUCGCCAAACAAUACUGUUAAAUUAGUUUUUUUGCCUCAGUGGAUCUAUUAACAUUGUAAGGAAAACGAGGAAAUGCUCACAGCAGAUAAGCUGAUAUAAAAACAAAACGCACACACACACACACACACAAAAAAGAAA